CAGCAGAGUGCAAACGAGAAAGCUUUCCCCUUCUGGUUGUGGAUUGAAGGAAUCCUGGAUUUGAUUAAAAGACACCUGCUUUCCCUCUGGAACGACGGCUCCAUCAUGGGCUUCCUCAGCAAAGAGCGGGAGAAAGCUCUGCUGAGCGAUAAGUGUCCCGGUACCUUCCUGCUCCGAUUCAGUGAGAGCAGCAAAGAGGGCGCCAUCACCUUCACCUGGAUCGAACAUGACGUCCACGACAAGCCUCUCUUCCACUCCGUGGAGCCGUACACAAAGAAGGAGCUCACCGCCGUCUCUCUGCCCGACAUCAUCCGCACAUACAAGGUGAUGGCCGCCGAGAACAUCCCGGAGAACCCGCUCCGCUUCCUCUACCCCAACAUCCCCAAAGACAAGGCCUUCGGGAAAUACUACCCCAAACCCUCUGAGACUCCAGAGCCCAUGGACGUGGAGAACGGUCCGGAGAAGAGCGGCUACAUGAAGACAGAGCUCAUAUCUGUCUCUGAAGUACAUCCGUCCAGACUGCAGGACAACAUGAUGCCGAUGUCUCCUGACGACUACAAAGUUUUGUCGCAGUAUGUCAGUCCCAGAGACAUCGAUGCCGUGACCUGCAAUCUGAUUUCUGGAUUUGAAGAGUUUGACGUUCAGGUAGAUGCAGCUUUAAUCUGUUGCUCUACACUGAUUAGUAAAGCUAGACAUAAAAAAAACACAAAAAAACAAGUAAAUUUAAAUACCAUAUGAAAACAUUUUGAAACGUUUUAAGACAUAUUGUAUAUCAGACACACCAUUCAUUU